AUGAUAAUCAAACAAAAAACAAACUCGAAUACGAAUAUCUCUUCUUCAUCAAAUACACCUGAUGUCAUUGAUCUUGAUCCUUCAUCAAGUCCUAAAAAUGUUCAAUUGACGAAUUCAUUUGCCAGCUCAUCGUCUCCAUUUUCUUCGAAUUCUUUAACCGAUGUACCUCGUUCUUAUCGACAUUUAUCUGCAGAUACAAUUAGUUCCGGCCUGAAAUAUAAUAGUAAAGAUUGGUUCAUUGUCGAUAUGAAAUGCAAGAAAUCUAAUUGCUGGCAAUGUUUUGGUAUUCCGGCUCGGAAAAUUAAUGAAAAAGAAUGA